GUGCGCUAGACAUACGGGGUUUUAAUCUUUAAUGUUUUACGAUGCAGACAUUGCAACAAUACUUACAAGAGUUGAAGUAUUACAUCUGGCAGAUGGAUGGCAGCAUGUGUUCAGAGCUUUUGUCGUUUCGUCACUUGCAUGUUAAAAAUCAAAGACUGCAGCUAGAAGAUGCUCACUCUCAAUGUAGUCAGGCACUGGAUUCUCCGUACGAUGAACUGGUAGCAGCUCAUCUCAGAGGCUGCUGGGCUGUGGCUCGUUCUGACUAUGUAGAAGCCUUUGCAUGCGAAGCAGCUGCCAUCCAGUUUUUUGUUCGAGCAUUUCAAAGCCAUAAAGACACUAACUGGGGCUUACCAGUCAUGUAUACACUUAUAUCAGACCUUCACAUGUUCGCCAGAAUGGCCGAUCGUGAUCAGAAGAGGAAGGGAGUUGGGAAGCCUAAUGAAACUGUGGAGAAGGCAGCAGACUGCAUGAUGUCUUGUUUUCGAGUUUGCGUGGGAGACAACCGUUCAUCUCUUGAUGUAUCAAAGAAAUGGGGAAUUAUAGCCGUGGUGAACCAUCUUUUUAAGAUUUACUUCAAGAUAAACAAGUUGCAGCUAUGCAAACCAUUGAUUCGUGCUAUUGAAGGCUCUACAAUUAGGGAGAACUUUAGAGUGUCACAUCUUGUCACAUACAGAUACUAUGUUGGGAGAAAAGCCAUGUUUGACAACGAUUACAAACUGGCUGCUGAGUAUCUCACAUUUGCAUUCGAGCAUUGCCACAGAUCAAGCAGAAGGAACAAACGGCUCGCUCUCGUUUAUCUCAUUCCUGUCAAGAUGUUUAUUGGCUACAUGCCAAGUAUCGAAGUACUGAGACAACAUAAUCUAAUGGAAUUUUCAGAUGUAGCCAGAAGCGUUCAAGAAGGAAACCUGCGGCUAUUGAAUGAAGCGCUUUCACGUCACGAGGCAUUCUUCAUCAAGUUUGGAAUUUAUCUGAUUUUGGAGAGGCUGAAGGUCAUCAUGUAUAGGAAUCUGUUCAAGAAAGUGUUCCUUUUGUUGGGAACACAUCAGCUGCCAUUAAAGGCAUUCAUUGUUACUCUCCAAAUGUUGGGGGAGGAAGAUAUGGAUAUCGAUGAGGCACAGUGUAUUAUAGCAAACCUCAUUGACAAGAAUUAUAUCCGAGGAUAUAUUUCAUAUCAGCACAAGAAACUUGUGAUCAGUAAACAGAAUCCCUUUCCACGACUACCAUCACCCGAUGCCAAAAUCGCUAUCGGCUAGUCAACAAAACAUA